UAUGACUAUGUGGAGGUACGUGACGGCGUGGACGAGAGUGGGCAGCUGGUGGGGAAGUACUGUGGGAAGAUCGCCCCAUCACCCGUGGUGUCUUCUGGGUACCAGCUCUACAUCAAGUUUGUGUCCGACUACGAGACCCAUGGAGCAGGCUUCUCCAUCCGCUACGAGAUCUUCAAAACAGGUGAGAGGAGAAAGAGUGAAUCACAAAAACACAAUCACAAAAUAUCUUCACACGCACACACACACACACACACAAAUACACACACAGCUUGGGAAGUUACACCAGUGAAGCGGGAUGAUAUAUGUUAGACCGAGACAUCUAAUCGUGAGUCUAAUUAGUGUUAAGAACAGGAUGUUUCUGCUUAUUUCAUGGUUUGUUUGUCAUGUAUUCAUGCUGCUUAAUGCAUCAAGGUAUUACAUAGCUUUUCAAUAAGGUUACACACAAACAGAUCAAUCCUUUUCCCCAUAUGUUCCGUAAACCAUCUGUAACAACUGAAUGUAUUUAUGGUACUUCUAAGACUGACUGUAGUUAUAGACAUAUGAUAAUAUCUGUUCAUCCAGACAGAGAAAUGUCCCCUUUCUCUGUUUAUGUGAUGCUACAUUAUCAUGGUUAAGUGGAGAAAGUGAGUCACCAACGGUUUAAAGAACAUGAAUGAAGGAAGUGCUUUCUCCUCUUCCUGCUUCUGAUAAGCUAAAUUCAUACUCAUAUAUUCCAUUGCGGUAGAUAAGUGCUGCUCAUGCAGACGAUCAGAUUAACUGAUAACGUUGUCCAACCCUGAGAAGUUCCUUCCUCAACAAUAAAAUCUCACAAAGAAAGACCACAGACGUGUCCCUGCUGAAACGAGAACUCGCCAAGCAGCCCUAUUUUCACAAAUACACUCAGGGGAUGUCCUUCUUCCUGAUCUGAAGACAAUACAAUAAGAGGGAGAGCUUCCUGUUGUUGGCUUGACUUCCUGACUGUGUUUUGUGUUUAUGGCUGCCAUGGGACAGGGGUAGAUUUCCAUUGAGUGAUUGGGAGAGGGGGAGGGAGGAGGACAUAGACAGGUGCAACAGAGAGCAGACUCCACUCUGAUUAAUUAACCCUCAGCUAGUCUAUGGGACGACCCAGUGACCCACAGAGAAGACGGAUGCCCUCUUUUUAAUCCCAGAAGUGUGUGUGUGUGUGUGUGUGUGUGUGUGUGUGUGUGUGUGUGUCUGAGGGGAUGUCCCUUUGAUCUGAUGUAAAUGUGUGUGCGCCCACACUCUGCCAGCUGCUUGACACACACAUCUCCCCACACUUCAGUGAAGUGCAGCAUUCCCUCUUGAUGAUGCAGUUAAAAUGUGCACACCACAUUCAUCUCCUGAUGAGGUAUUUCCCAGUCUCAUCCAUUAAAAGGACUGAUUAUAAAUUAGUUGUGUUACGGCCCCUGGGCUAUGAGGGAUUGGGGAAGAAGUACUGAAUGCAGAGUGUUGAGAUAUGAAGAAAUAUGGAUCUCCAGAUGUGUUGUUAGUAAGAGGGGAUGCACCAGGUGGGAUGUUUUUUGCUCCAGGACCAUCCCCUGUAGAGCUGGCACCAUGGGUGUGUCGUGGGGCCGGGCCGGUUCUUCUGAAGCAGGCAGCAGAAGCUUGUUUAGCUUUGAAACCAGUGCUGUGUUUUGACUACAGCAGAGCUGGCUGCCGCCAAGGCGGUGGCUCUGAGAUCAAUUAAGGUUGUGUCCCAAAUGACACCCUAUUGCCUGUUUAGUGCAGUACUUUUGACUGGGGCCCAUAGUGCUCUGGUCAAAAGUAGUGCACUAUAUAGGGAAUAGGGUGCCAUUUGGAACAUAACCUAAGCCUCCCUCCUUUGGUGUAGAGAGCAGCUAGCUUGUUGAUUAAGUAAGCUUAUCAACACCAGGAUGGGUAUUAGGUGGAUAGAAUCAGCAGAUUUGUUUUGGCUAAUACAUGUAAACUUAAUGAUGGUAAACACAGAUGUUGAGAUAGCGCUGGGGAAGUAAUGCAAGGAAUGCAGUGCAUCUUAAUGAGUCUGGAUGGAAGAAUGCUGUGUGUACAGUACGAGACUCGGGUUAGAGGGCAGCUUCAGGGAAUGGAGCUGGGUUCUUUCAGAGGUAAAUGAGGGUUCAAGGUCAGAUGGGAAACAGGGUACACACACUAUCUCUCUCUGUAAUGAACCUGGAGAGCAGCCCUGGUUCUCAUCAGCAGUGCAGCAGAGGAAUGUCUAAUUGGGAGAAAACAGGUUGUUUGUGGUCGUCCAUCGGCUUUCACAACUCAAACACACAUACACACACAGACACACAUUGCUUUUUCAAUCCAGGGAUCUUAAUUAGACCGGGCUAUUUAUUUUAUGGGCAGCAAAAUUGCCAGCCUCACUCCACUGACCGAACAGUAGGAGGGAGGGAGGGAGAGAGAGAGUGAAUGAUGAAAACAGAGACAGAGAGGGGUGAGGAGAGGAAUAAAAGAGAGCUGAGAAAGGGGAUAAGGCCAGCUUAUGUUUAUGGAUACACUGAACUCAGCGGUAGAUAGUCAGCUACGGGAAGAGAACACACUGUACCUGUGGUACUGCUGGUGUUGUCUAGUGCUGGAGUCCACUAAGGUCACUAAUACAAAUUGACCACUACCACCCAUUUAGCCCAAAUGGUCCCUAAUGUCCGCCUCUCCGGAUUUCAGAAUACAAACAGGCAAUCCUCUCUGACUAGAAGCCUCUAUAUUUAUCCUCUAAUCUUGUCUCACUUAAAGUCUUUCUCAACUGCGUCUCUUUCUCUCUGAAAAAAGUAAUAUGCUUCUGGUUAACAACUCUGCAAUUUGUUACUCUUAGAGCCACAUCAAGUCUGGUGCUGGAGGCAGAGAGAGAGAGAGGGAGGAGAGAGAUUCAGGGAUCAUGCCACUGCAUGAUGGAGGGGAGAGAGGAGGUGAGGAGGGGGGGUCCUCUGCCCUACCCUGCCCUACCUUUAAGUGAAAAGCCCCAUCAUCGGCAUUUCACCCACCAGAGCCGUUCAUCAUGUCGCGGCUAUGCGGGCGCUUGUUACGAGGACACCUGUGUCAACACCCAGGAGGGGGGAGCGUGGUGGAGAAGGGGGGAUGGGGGUGGAGGGGAGGGAAGGGGGAGACUGAGGCAGGGCACGUGAGCCGUUGGGCUUUCAUCUGAUGAGCGCUCUGAUGGGCACAGGUCACAUCUGGCACAGGCACUCACUGUCUGACGCGAGCGCACGCAAGCACACACACACACACACACACACACACACACACACAAACAGACACACAGCCAGCCCCCAUGGAAACUUAAGACCCAAACUCUCUAAAGGCCACAGGGGGGCACGGGCCCCUCAUUCAUCCCCUCUCUCAUACCUCACUGACAAUACAGGGGGGAAAUGAUGUCAUCAGCAUGUUGAGUGUCAGUGUGUCAGAGCGACUGUGUGUGUGUGUGUGUGUGUGUGUGUGUGUGUGUGUGUGUGUGUGUGUGUGUGUGUGUGUGUGUGUGUGUGUGUGUGUGUGUGUGUGUGUGUGUGUGUGUGUGCGUGUGUUCGUGUUUUUGUAUAAAUGAAUGACACAUACCCCCAGCUGUGGCUUCAGGUUAAUAUUACAUUAUGUGUCCUGAGAGUUACCGGUAAUUCUCCACUGCUCAUUAACCCUUCUAUCAGCCUAGCUACAGGGGAGGAAACGUCCAUCCAGGAUUAGCUAGUUACUAGACGGACUGGGCUAAUUAUCAACCAGACCGAUACAUGGAAUAUAAACUAUAGGUAUUUUCUCAGCAGUCUUAGAACAACACUUCAGGCCAUUAAGGCCCCAGUCCCUAAUAACGCUGACCACGGAGGGGGAAGGGAGGUGGGAAAGGAGGGGGAGGGAUGGUGGGAAAGAGAGUCACCCAAGGAUUAACAACACAGUCUUAAAGCAGCAGUCUGCUUUCACCAUCUAAAAGAAACAUUUGGAAAUGUUAAAUAGAAAAACCUAGCUUAACCCUGGUGCUUUGCUAAAAAAAAAAAAAUGUCGGUGCAUACUGUGUUUUUAAAAACUGUGUUUUUAAGGCUGCAGCUUGUCUCAACAUCCCGUCAUAAAUUCUAUAGUUUGUUUAAAGCUGCAAUAUGUAACCUUUUGGGCGACCCAACCAAAAGUCUAAGAUGCGGUAGAUCUGUUAUAUGUGCACUAUUCCUAUGCUUCCCGUUCUUAAGUUUUGUUUUUGCGUCUUUUACUUUCGGUUUUGUACACCAGCUUCAAACAGCUGAAAAUACAACAUAUUUGGUUAUGGAAAAUAUAUUUCACAGCAGUUUAGAUGAUGCAAUGAUUCUCUACACAAUGGCUGCUUGUUUUGUCACAUAAACUGAAAUGUGUGUGUGUGUGUGUGCGCGUGUGUGUGAUGGCGGUGGACCGUGGUGGUAGAGGAGUGGGUGGUGAUGGGAUGCGCUCUACUGAGCUUCGCUCUGAGAAGUUUAUUUGUUUCUCGGAGAAAAGCUCUGGCGUGUUUACAGGUCCUGUGCAACUUGUUUGCCAUUUCAAUUCUCUCCCUCUUCUCUGGUGAAAUUGCCUCUACUGCUCGGCUCUUGGGGGUGAUGCGAUUCACCAACGUAACAAAAACAACAGCAGUAGUAAAACUAGAAAGAGACAGACAGGGGGUUGUGAGUUAGCGUGUGGUUAGCAAAUGUCACAUUAUUUGCCUCCUGAAGCUGGUCACACACACAGUAAAUAGUCAGAUUGUAGCACAUAAAUACCAUGCACACAACACAAAGCAUUGUGGGUAGAGAGGUAGCUAGCGACGAGGGCCGGCGGGACUUCUGUGGCCCGAAGCCCUGUGGAGACGAAGAUAAUAAGAGAUAAAAAUACAUCUAUUGGCUGAAUAUCUCUUCAGGGGACAGACUGGACCUUUCCUUUAUUCCAUUUUAUUCUGUUCUGAUCUCUUUUCUCUGUGCCCGUUAUCUUUUUACAGACACCCACACAAAGGCACACAAUGGCCGCCAGUUUGCCCUUGCCUGUCCCUUUUUUCUCUGUGGCUGAAUGAAACUAGAAAAGGGAGGGAGCCGGGAUGGAGGUAGGUGGUGAUAACAUGUAAUUAUGGUACACAGAGAGAACAUAGCGGAGACAGACAUGCUCUCUUGUUACCCACGAGGCUAGCACUUUAUCUUUUCUACUCACUUUGACUAGACGUUGAUCCUGCUCUGAGAUAGCCCUGCAGUCCUAGCGAGCGGCUAGCGCUGUCCUCUCCUUGCCUAGGCAUUGGGAGCAAAGCCACACAGUCUGAAAGGAUUUUAUUUUUUAUCUGAACGGAUUUUCUUUCAAUUCUGCACUUGUCAAACACCAUGUGCGAUAACAGCGUCAGACAGUGGCGACCAAAUGGAAAGCUCCUCUUAGACAGCUACAGUCGGAAAGCCGUAUCAAGCUGUUCUUUCUUUGACUUGUACACCCACUAUGAACUCUGCAGUAGACUGUAGUCCAGUGCACUGAAGGGCACUUAUUUAGGCCUCUCUACUUUAAAGCAAAGGAAUUAAUAAAAUAUAAAUAUAUCGACGAGCAAUGUCAGAGCGCCAUAGACUAAGAUACAGUAGAAUAGCAUAGAAUACAGUAUAUACAUAUGAGAUGAAUAAUGCAGCUAUGUAAACAUUAUUAAAGUGACUAGUGUUCCAUUUAUUAAAGUGGCCAGUGAUUUCUAAUCUAUGUAUAUAGGCAGCAGCCUCUAAUGUGCUAGUGAAGGCUAUUUAACAGUCUGAUGGCCUUGAGAUAGAAGCUGUUUUUCAGUCUCUCGGUCCUAGCUUGUACCUGUACUGACCUCGCCUUCUGGAUGAUAGCGGGGUGAACAGGCAGUGGCUUGGGUGAUUGUUGUCCUUGAUGAUCUUUUUGGCCUUCCUGUGACAUCGGGUGCUUUAGGUGUCCUGGAGGGCUGGUAGUUUGCCCCCGGGGAUGCGUUGGGCAUACCGCACCACCCUCUGGACAGCCCUGCGGUUGCGGGCGGUGCAGUUGCUGUACCAGGCGGUGAUACAGCCCGACAGGAUGCUCUCAAUUGAGCAUCUGUAAAAGUUUGUGAGUGUUUUAGGUGCCAAGCCACAUUUCUUCAGCCUCCUGAGGUUGAAGAGGCUCUGUUGCGCCUUCUUCACCACACUGUCUGUGUGGGUGGACCAUUUCAGUUUGUCAGUGAUGUGUACGCCGAGGAACUUGAAGCUUUCCACCUUCUCCACUGCGGUCCCGUCGAUGUGGAUAGGGGGGUGCUCCUUCUGCUGUUUCCUGAAAUCCAUGAUCAUCUCCUUUGUUUUGUCUCAGGCUGUAGUCCCCACCUGCUUCAAGUAGACCACCAUCAUCCCAGUGCCCAAGAAAAACAAGGUGACAUGGCCAAAUGACUAUUGCCCCCUCGCACUGUCAACGGUCAUCAUGAGGUGUUUUGACGAGUCAGCCUAUAGGGUGGAGGUAAGUUAAUUGGCAUUGUGGUGCCAGGACAACAACCUCUCCCUCAACGUCAGAAAAACAAAGGAGUUGAUUGUUGACUUCAGGAAAAACGGGAGGGAACCCUGCCCUGAUCCACAUCAACUGGACUGCAGUAGAGAGAGUCAGUCGUUUUAAGUUCCUCUGCGUCCACAUCACUGAGGACUUGUCAUGGACCAACAACGCCACCACUCUUGUCAAGAGGGCGCAAAAGUGUCUCUACUUCCUAAGGCGGCUGAAGAAAUUUGGCAUGCCACCCCGAGUCCUCUCCAAAUACUACUGCUGCACCAUCGAGAGCGUCCUGGCCGGUUGCAUCACGGCCUGGUGCAGAAGUUGCUCCAUCCACGACCGCAAGGCCCUCCAGCGGGUGGUGAAGACGGCCCAGUACAUCACUGGGACCGUGUUCCCACCCAUCCAGACAAUCUAGUCAAAACGGUGCCUGAGGAAGGCCCGCAGCAGCAUCAAGUACCCCACACACCCCAGCCACGAGCUGUUCACUCCCUUAUCGUCGGGCAGACGUAUCGGAGCAUGAGGUCUGAUACCAACAGUCUCAGAGACUAUUUAUAUCUACAAGCCAUCAGACUGCUGAACACUUGAACUGGACUGACCACCUGCACUGACUCUCCGCACCUUAGCACACAUGCAUUCACUCACACACGCACGCACACACCUAUACAGACAUACACUCAUCCACACACACACACUCACACACAGAGCCAGUUAGAGACAGUUUGCACUGUUCUGUGAAGGGAGUAGUACACAGCGUUGUACGAGAUCUUCAGUUUCUUGACAAUUUCUCGCAUGGAAUAGCCAUUUCUCAGAACAAGAAUAGACUGACGAGUUUCAGAAGAAAGUUCUUUGUUUCUGGUCAUUUUGAUCCUGUAAUCGAACCCACAAUUGCUGAUGCUCCAGAUACUCAACUAGUCUCAAGAAGGCCAGUUUUAUUGCUUCUUUAAUCAGCUCAACAGUUUUCAGCUGUGCUAACAUAAUUGCAAAAGGGUUUUCUAAUGAUCAAUUAGCCUUUUCAAAUGAUAAACUUGGAUUAGAAAACACAACAUGCCAUUGGAACACAGGACUGAUGGUUGCUGAUAAAGGGCCUCUGUACGGCUAUGUAGAUAUUCCAUUAAAAAUCUGCCGUUUCCAGCUACAAUAGCCAUUUACAACAUUAACAAUGUCUACACUGUAUUUCUUAUCAAUUUGAUGUUAAUUUAAUGGACAAAAAAAUGGCUUUUCUUUCGAAAACAAGGAAAAUUCUAAGUGACCCUAAACUUUUGAACGGUAGUGUAUAUAUUCAUGCUACACCACAUCACAACUGCUGCUACCAGACUCUUAUUAUUAUUGCUAAAUACUACACAAUUUAAACACUUGCCCUCCAGUCCCCCCUUCCACAAAACGUGUAAAUAGUGGACUAUAAAUUUAGCCUUUCUAUAUUAUACUUAUUCUAAAAUGUUUAUUUUAUUGUACUGAGCCAUUUACUUUAUGUUUGUAUUCUUAUCUUUUAUUAUUUAUUUUAUUAUUUAUUAUUGAAACUUGAACUUGAAACACACACACACACACCUCUGUGCCCCUGAACCUCCCUCUGAUCCCAAACUCAGUCAUCCCUGGGAUCAGUCUGUGGAGGCCCACAGAGUUCUGGACAAUCACAUCCCUGGCCCUGAUAUUUUAGAAAAGUAUUUCUGGUCUCUACGGUUUUUCAAACAGGAAAAAGGAGGAAAACUGCAGAAUUAAUGGCCAGACCCGCUGUUUUGGAAUCUUUAGCUUUCAGAGCAGCACUAAAUGUAAACUCGCCUUACAGUCAAACUGAACUGGUGUUCCUGUCUUGCCUUACAGCCCCCCCCCCCCCCCCCCCCCAAAAAAAGAAAGAAAAUAAGUAAGCCACUCUCAUUUCCAACGUGUGCUGUGUAAAGUGACGAAUGUGUGAAAUCUGCUCACUUCCCUAAUCAGCUGAAGGCCUCUUCUCCAGGGAGCCAUGAGUAAAUGUUUUGACUUGCUGUUAUAAAACAUAAAACUGGCAAGUGUGUGUGUGUGUGGUGUUUGUGUCUGUGUGUGCAUGAGUGAUUGUGUGUGUGUGAGUGUGUGCAUGCUUGUGUGUAUGUGUGUGUAAGCACUUAUCAUAUGUUGCACAGACGCGUAAUGACGUGGCUGUGGGGGGGGGGGUUGUGUGUGUGUCGGGGGACAUGUUUAUUCAGUCCCGUGCUGGUGAUUGAGGCCUUUCACUGAUGUUUACAAUCACUCUGGCCAGAUGUUACAGCAUCAACAACAGAUUCAACACACACACACACAGAGGAAUACAGAACUGCGAAGUCAACGACUGACAAAGAAUAAGAAGAUGACAGUCAGAGAGAGAGAGAGAGCAAAGGAUGGUGUGAAUUGUGUAUCAGCAGCCCAUUGAAUGAAUGCAACAGAUUCAAGGUGGUCUCCCUCUCAGGGCUAUAAAGCACUGUCUUAAAGUGCCAGCUGGCUCACAGAGCUUCUCCAUCACAAACCAUCACAAAGCACAAAGGAACAGGCAAACAAACAAACCGUAAAACAAGACACUCAAAAGUAUCACCUACUUUCAUCUCUUUCGCUCUCUCCUCUCUCCUCUCUUCUUUCUUUCUUUCUUUCUUUCUUUCUUUCUUUCUUUCUUUCUUUCUUUCUUUCUUUCUUUCUUUCCUUUCCUUCUUUCCUUUCUUUCUUCUUUCUUUCUUUCUUUCUUUCUUUCCUUCUUUCUUUCUUUGCUUUCUUUCCUUUCUUUCUUUCUUUCCUUCUUUCUUUCUUUCUUUCUUCUUCUUUUCUUUCUUUCUUCUUUCUUCUCUUCUUUCUUUCUUUCUUUCUUUCUUUCUUUCUUUCUUUCUUUUCUUCUUCUUUCUUUCUUUCUUUCUCUUCUUCUCUCUAUCUUCCUCUUUAUUUCUCUCGACUAUAUCUUUCUCUCCCAUCUGGGCACAGACGUCAAUUCAACGUCCAUUCCACAUUGGUUCAACAUAAUUUCAUUGAAAUGACGUGGAAACAGCAUUCAUUCAAUCAGUGUGUGCCCAGUGGGUCUUCUCCUGUCUCACUUGCAGAAGAGAUGUCAAUCUCAAUGCGACUUCCCUGGUUUAAUAAAGGAUAAAUAAACUAGAAAUCUCUCUUUUCCUCUCCUCCUCUCAGGUCCGGAAUGUUCCAGGAACUUCACGUCUAAAAACAAUGGGGUAAUAAAGUCACCUGGUUUUCCAGAGAAGUAUCCCAACAACCUAGACUGCACCUUCAUGAUCUUUGCCCCCAAGAUGUCCGAGAUCAUCCUGGAGUUCGAGAGCUUCGAGCUGGAGCCUGACACCACUCCUCCCACCGGGGUCUUCUGUCGAUACGAUAGGCUGGAGAUCUGGGACGGCUUCCCUGGAGGUGAGUGACAGUCAUAUAUCUAGUCAGAUAUAGCUAGUAUUUUUGUUAGCGUUCUCAGUAUUAUACAGUUUUGUAAUAUUAACACACUCAAUAAAUAUGAAUAGGGCGAUGACUGUGGACAGGACACGUAGCCUAGUUGUCAUAACUCAAUGCUAAAAAUGUCCUAAUUAUGAUAGUCUACAAUACUCCCUUCCUCCCCUUACAGACAUGUAUUGUGUUUGUGGAGUUGUUUAUGUUUGUCAGUUGGGAGGAGGCCAUGGUAUGUAGACAGGGGUGGUACUCCACCAUACUGUUGAUCGAUCGGUCAGGAGAGGACUUUUCUGUCCAGAAACAACCUAACCCUUUUGUCUGGGUUUGGGUUUUAGCUGUUGUUUCUUCUAGAAGUUAAACUGGCUUGUAACAGUGCCAGACUUGACUCAGGUAUUUAAUAUAAAAGUGUUGCAGGGUUUUCCAGAACCUGUUUAUAUAUUUUCUUCAAAGGUGGGAGGUUUAUAAUUUCUCUAAAACGAACAGUGUUGAUUAAACAAGCUGUGAAGACGUUGAGGGCUCAGUCUUUCACGUUAUUAUCACCUUUAUUUUCGCCACUCAGUGAAAUGCAUUCAGAAAACUGACAUCUGUGAUCGACAAUGGAGACUUUUACCAUGAGACUAACUGUCUUAGGAACACACGUUUAUUCUGAGUAUGAAAUUCUGAAACUUUUACUUUACAACACUCUUAGACUAAGGGUUCAUCUUCUUAUCUAAGAACAUAUCAUGUUUCAAAUAGCCACCAACAGCAGAGUGUCUCCUCUUUUGUCUUUGUGGGGUCUAGAAAUGGGGAAAAUAACAAAAUAACACUCUUCUCACAUCCAGAGUAAUUGAGUGUGUGAGACAGUGGGGCCUGGAACAUGGGAGGUGAGUUAGAGGUGGAAGGCCAUGGGGGAGACAGGGGAGACAUAGAGGGGAGGCUGGGGGCCAUGUUGUGUGUCGGGCCAUGUCUGAUGAGGGCUGGGCACAGUACCUGUGGUCCCUUUUGGAUCAAUAGUGCAUUAGCACGAAAGGCUGGAGGUGUGCUCGCCACGGGUGGCGAUGAGGGGGUAAGACGGGGGGCGGUGAGGGUGAGGACUCCCAUGUAGCGCCUGUGGAGUCGCGCCUCCCUCCCUCCCUCUCUCCUUCUCCCUCCUUCGCUCCCUCCUCCCUUUCUCCCACGUCUCAGGCAGACUGAGACGGGUAGAGAGAGUGUGGUUGUGGCACCCUCCCCAUCCUCUCUCCUUCUACCCUCCUCUUGCCUCCCCCAGGACCAUAGAGACCUCCUGCAGAGACACAGAGUUCACAACAGAGCCUUUUACAUUUGCAUAGCGCCAUUGAGUCAUGCAGAUAAUCUAGGAGAUGGCUAAUCCUAACCCUCCUGUGUUAUGAUGAUGAAUCUGAGCCAUCAGGUCCCCACCCAGGCUAACCCCUCUCUCCCUUUCAUCUGUGUGUCUAGUUGUAAUGCCAAGCUGUAAGUGACAUGUCAGAGUGAGGGGAUGUGAGAGGUUUAGAGGGGAGCAGGGCAGCAGCCUGGCUGUCACUUGCCACUGAUCACAGGCUUACUAAUCAUUGAUAAGCACCAGGCCUCCAGACCUGCUUAACAUCUAGACAGAGGAACACACACACAGGCAGGCAGGCACACACACACACACACACACACACACACACACACAGACAGCCAUGUAAGAAAGCAAGCAAGCAGGCACACACACAUACACACACACACACACUCAUAGAUACAAUAUGGUAUCAGCUCCUGGGUUCACUUUUAUUGCCCUCUUUUCUUUUGACAUUCCCUUGUUUUUCCCCUUAUCUCUGUUUGUUUAGUCUUAGUGGCCAGAUCAUACCCACCUCAGCACUAUACCAUCACAUUAAAAAAGGCCCAGGAAUGUAUGACUGGUAUAAAACAGACAGAAACCUCGACUUUGCCUUGUCUUAAGCAGGAGUCCCUGUUGUUCUUCAUCUUCUCUCUCUCUCUCUCUCUCUCUCUCUCUCUCUCUCUCUCUCUCUCUCUCUCUCUCUCGCUCUCGCUCUCGCUCUCGCUCUCUCUCUCUCUCUCUCUCUCUCUCUAUAUGUGUGUCUGUUUUGUGGGCAUAUGGGGGGGGGUUUACCUCCAUGGGGGUGGGGGGUUGUGUUUACUGUGUAUAAACACCCAUGUGACAGACCUACGGCAAGCAAAUACUGACUUAACUCUUAACUCUACACACACUCCCAUCUUCAGUUGUAACCUUGGUAACUGAUGAUCUCUCUCGCUCUCCCCCUCUCUCUCCACCCCCUCACUCUCUCUCUAUUUCUAUCUCUCACUCUCCUUCCCUCUCUUUCUUCCCAUCGCCUCUCUCUUCCUCUCCUCCCCUCUCUCUAUCUACCGCUCCGUCUGUUCCCCCCCCUCUGCAGUUGGUCCGUACAUUGGACGGUACUGUGGUCAGAACACCCCGGGUCGUAUCAUCUCCUACACGGGCAUCUUGGCACUGACAAUCAACACCGAUAGCGCCAUCGCCAAGGAGGGCUUCUCUGCCAACUUCACUGUGUUGGAGCGGACUGUGCCAGAGGGUGAGUGUUGUUCAUCAUUGAUUGGCAAACUGGACCAGAGAAACAAUCUAGAGGGAAUUCAUGCUACUGAGCCAAAUCUGCAGUGUUGGAUCUUAUUUUGACGAGUAUUGUCGCAGCUGAAUAAUCCUGCAGCAAAAGGAUUUGAACGUUUAGUCCAUAGUGUUGCUUGAUCAAUGUUUGGGCUAUUAGCUGGCCAAAAUUAGGCUACAUGAAAAAUGCAAUACUGUUAAUAUAGCCAUGUGUUAGUGCGGGUUUUCAGUGAAUUUAUGUAAAUCAUGAAGCUCAUCUGCAUUUCCUGCUGUGCGGGGAAAUUCUCAGCAACAAAAGAGUGAUCAAAUUAAGAUCUUACAUCUGUAGCCAAACCAAGCUGGAUUUAGCUGGCCUGAUUACGCAUCCACCACAUUUGCUGGAACCAUACUGAAAGAGACAAUGUGAAAAUAAAAUAUCAGAAUAAGGAAAGUUUGGUUUGGGUCAAUACGAUAGCGUCAUACAUGCCUUCAUACAUACAAGGGGUGGUCCCUGUCCCACUGCUAUACACAUUUACUUUAAUGUGGCACUAAAGGGAGUUAUUAAAUCAACAGCUCCCGGUCUUUUCAUUAAGUGGAUGUGUUACAAGGCACGUGCCAUCUCCCCCAGUUUAUGAGGCCUAACUUUAACACAGCAGUGGUAGAGACACUGUGGGGCGGACAGACAGCCUCUCCAGACAGACAGUGUCCCAGCUCCCAGCCUCUAACACAGCAUGAUCAUCGUCCUAGGGCCUGGCCCCCAUGACCACAAUUUGAGAAAUGCUCCGACUAAACAUUUCACUUGCGAAACACAACCACCUUGAAGCCAGUAAAUCUUUCCACAGACUCACCCAGUCAACCCCCCCCACCCACCCCCCACCCCCGUCGGGUUAUUAUGGCGAGGGCUGGUGUUAAAUAAAACACUAUUCAUCCCAGAUGGUUCUAUGUCCCCCGUGGGGAGUAGUGAUAUGCAUGUAUGCAUAGGCCCCUAGAUAGACUCACACAGAGCCUGAGCACAGUCACAUACAGUGAUGACUGCCCGUGUCACUAGUCUCUAUAGUCCCAACAGCUCAGUACCACGGCAACAUAAACAUAACAUAAUCUCUCACUGAACACUAAGCCCCAAUAUUACAUGUAUUUGAUAGGGACACAUACAAUCAAAAGACUAAACUCAUCAAGUCACUGCAUUAUUUGACGUCUGUCCUACUAUUUAUGCAUUCGGCUGCUAACAACCUGGCUGAAUGAAUCCUCAGAGAGUAGACAGAUCCAGUCCAUCACAGUUUCUAUCCACUGUGGUUUAGACUUGUACUCUUAGUUAUUUAUUAAUAAGCCCUUAGAUGUAUAAUCCAUGGCUUUUCCUUUUUACCCCUACAUAAUGUAAUACUUGUACACUUUAGCUGAGAGGGGGUGAUGUAGGGGUGAUAAGGUGUUGCUUUGAUGGUGAUAAAGCAGGCUUGCCUUCUCUCUUCUCUCCCUGACAGCCCUGCUAGGGUGUCCCACUUGGCACCCUAUUCUCUUUAUAGUGCACUCCUUUUGAGAAGGGCCCAUAGGGCACUGGUCAAAAGUAAUGCACUAUAAAGGAAUAGGGUGCCAUUUAGAACGCAUCCAUACUAUCUUCCUGAUCACCCUCCACCACACUUCACAGAGUGUGCUGCUUAAAACGCAGGCUAAUAGCUGAUAGCAACACACAUGAGUACAUCUACACGUCAGGCUGCAAACUAGAGGCUCUUUGUUUACAAUCAGAGGGAAUAUACAUAAAAGAAUCUGGGUCUGGUUGAUGUUUAUGGAGAGAUUCAGAUUCCUCCUUCCAGAGUUUGAGAAGAAGAAGAAGAAGAAGAAGAAGAAGAAGAAGAAGAAGAAGAAGAAGAAGAAGAAGAAGAAGAAGAAGAAGAAGAAGAAGAAGAAGAAGAAGAAGAAGAAGAAGAAGAAGAAGAAGAAGAAGAAGAAGAAGAAGAAGAAGAAGAAGAAGAAGAAGAAGAAGAAAAGAGGGGGUAUU